AUGCUAAAUGUAGAAGCCUCUCUCCCCCCCAGCCUCUCACCCCCCCAGCAUCUCACCCCCCCCCAGCAUCUCACCCCCCCAGCCUCUCUCCCCCCCAGCCUCUCACCCCCCCAGCAUCUCACCCCCCCCAGCUUCUCACCCCCCCCAGCCUCUCACCCCCCAGCAUCUCACCCCCCCCCAGCAUCUCACCCCCCCAGCCUCUCACCCCCCCCAGCAUCUCACCCCCCCCCAGCAUCUCACCCCCCCAGCCUCUCACCCCCCCAGCAUCUCACCCCCCCAGCAUCUCACCCCCCCCAGCCUCUCACCCCCCCCAGCAUCUCACCCCCCAGCCUCUCACCCCCCCAGCAUCUCACCCCCCAGCAUCUCACCCCCCCCAGCAUCUCACCCCCCCCAGCAUCUCACCCCCCAGCAUCUCACCCCCCCAGCAUCUCACCCCCCCAGCAUCUCACCCCCCCAGCCUCUCACACCCCCCCAGCCUCUCACCCCCCCAGCAUCUCACCCCCCAGCCUCUCCCCCCCCCAGCCUCUCUCCCCCCCAGCAUCUCACCCCCCCCCAGCAUCUCACCCCCCCCCAGCAUCUCACCCCCCCAGCAUCUCACCCCCCAGCAUCUCACCCCCCCCCAGCAUCUCACCCCCCCAGCAUCUCACCCCCCAGCAUCUCACCCCCCCAGCAUCUCACCCCCCCAGCAUCUCCCCCCCCCAGCCUCUCACCCCCCCCAGCAUCUCACCCCAUCCCCCCCAGCCUCUCACCCCCCCAGCAUCUCACCCCCCAGCAUCUCACCCCCCCAGCAUCUCACCCCCCCAGCAUCUCACCCCCCCAGCAUCUCACCCCCCAGCAUCUCACCCCCCCAGCAUCUCACCCCCCAGCAUCUCACCCCCCAGCUCUCACCCCCCCAGCAUCUCACCCCCCAGCAUCUCACCCCCCCCAGCAUCUCACCCCCCAGCAUCUCACCCCCCCAGCAUCUCACCCCCCCAGCAUCUCACCCCCCCCAGCCUCUCACCCCCCCAGCAUCUCACCCCCCAGCAUCUCACCCCCCCCAGCAUCUCACCCCCCCCAGCCUCUCACCCCCCCCAGCAUCUCACCCCCCCAGCCUCUCCCCCCCCCAGCCUCUCUCCCCCCCAGCAUCUCACCCCCCCCAGCAUCUCACCCCCCCAGCCUCUCACCCCCCCCAGCCUCUCACCCCCCCAGCAUCUCACCCCCCCCAGCAUCUCACCCCCCCCAGCAUCUCACCCCCCCCAGCCUCUCACCCCCCCCAGCAUCUCACCCCCCCAGCCUCUCCCCCCCCCCAGCCUCUCUCCCCCCCAGCAUCUCACCCCCCCAGCAUCUCACCCCCCCAGCAUCUCACCCCCCCAGCCUCUCUCCCCCCCAGCCUCUCACCCCCCCAGCACCUCACCCCCCCCAGCCUCUCACCCCCCAGCAUCUCACCCCCCCCCAGCAUCUCACCCCCCCAGCCUCUCACCCCCCCAGCAUCUCACCCCCCCCAGCAUCUCACCCCCCCCAGCCUCUCACCCCCCCCAGCCUCUCACCCCCCCCAGCAUCUCACCCCCCAGCCUCUCACCCCCCCAGCAUCUCACCCCCCAGCAUCUCACCCCCCCCCAGCAUCUCACCCCCCCCAGCAUCUCACCCCCCCAGCAUCUCACCCCCCCAGCCUCUCACCCCCCCAGCAUCUCACCCCCCAGCCUCUCCCCCCCCCAGCCUCUCUCCCCCCCAGCAUCUCACCCCCCCAGCCUCUCACCCCCCCAGCCUCUCACCCCCCCCAGCAUCUCACCCCCCCCAGCCUCUCACCCCCCCAGCAUCUCACCCCCCAGCCUCUCACCCCCCCAGCAUCUCACCCCCCCCCAGCAUCUCACCCCCCCAGCAUCUCACCCCCCAGCAUCUCACCCCCCCCCAGCAUCUCACCCCCCCCAGCAUCUCACCCCCCCAGCAUCUCACCCCCCCAGCAUCUCACCCCCCCCAGCCUCUCACCCCCCCAGCAUCUCACCCCCCCAGCCUCUCCCCCCCCCAGCCUCUCUCCCCCCCAGCAUCUCACCCCCCCCCAGCAUCUCACCCCCCCAGCCUCUCACCCCCCCCAGCAUCUCACCCCCCCCAGCCUCUCACCCCCCCCAGCAUCUCACCCCCCCAGCAUCUCACCCCCCCCAGCCUCUCACCCCCCCAGCCUCUCCCCCCCCAGCCUCUCUCCCCCCCAGCAUCUCACCCCCCCAGCAUCUCACCCCCCCCAGCAUCUCACCCCCCCAGCAUCUCACCCCCCCAGCUCUCUCCCCCCCCAGCAUCUCCCCCCCCCAGCCUCUCACCCCCCCCAGCAUCUCACCCCCCCAGCAUCUCACCCCCCCAGCAUCUCACCCCCCCAGCAUCUCACCCCCCCAGCAUCUCACCCCCCCAGCAUCUCACCCCCCCCAGCAUCUCACCCCCCCCAGCAUCUCACCCCCCCAGCAUCUCACCCCCCCCAUCUCCCCCCCCAGCCUCUCACCCCCCCCCAGCCUCACCCCCCCCCCCCAGCCUCACCCCCCCCCCCCCAGCCUCUCACCCCCCAGCAUCUCACCCCCCCCAGCCUCUCACCCCCCCCCAGCCUCUCACCCCCCCCCCCAGCCUCACCCCCCCCCCCAGCCUCACCCCCCCCAGCAUCUCACCCCCCCAGCAUCUCACCCCCCCAGCAUCUCACCCCCCCAGCCUCACCCCCCCCCCAGCCUCUCACCCCCCCAGCAUCAUCUCACCCCCCCCAGCAUCUCACCCCCCAGCAUCUCACCCCCCCAGCAUCUCACCCCCCCAGCAUCUCACCCCCCCAGCAUCUCACCCCCCCAGCAUCUCACCCCCCCCCAGCAUCUCACCCCCCCAGCAUCUCACCCCCCCAGCCUCACCCCCCCCCCCAGCCUCUCACCCCCCCAGCAUCUCACCCCCCCAGCCUCUCACCCCCCCAGCAUCUCACCCCCCCAGCUUCUCACCCCCCCAGCAUCUCACCCCCCCAGCAUCUCACCCCCCCAGCCUCUCUCCCCCCCAGCAUCUCACCCCCCCAGCCUCUCUCCCCCCCAGCCUCUCACCCCCCCAGCAUCUCACCCCCCCAGCUUCUCACCCCCCCAGCAUCUCACCCCCCCAGCAUCUCACCCCCCCAGCCUCUCUCCCCCCCAGCAUCUCACCCCCCCAGCCUCUCUCCCCCCCAGCAUCUCACCCCCCCAGCCUCUCUCCCCCCCCUGCCUCUCGCACUCACAGGAUCUCGGCCCAAAUGAAACCGUCCACAGUGGAACAGACCCGACAGCAGAGGUCAGUGUGGAGCGGACACAUAUUUAA